AUGAACCCCAGCGAUAGAGAAACACUGCCCGAUGUGGCAAAACCAACCCACUACGACCUGUCCCUCUUCAACCUCAAGCUCGGUUCCUCCUGGGCCUACAAUGGCAAGGUCAAGAUAGACACCCAGGUCUACCGCCCAACCAACGAGCUCGUGCUCAAUGUCAAAGAGCUCACCGUUGACGAUGCUGAGAUAUCUUCUUCCGCCGGAAAUCCCCUCAAGGCAUCCGAUAUCUCAUACGACAAGGUCUCCGAGCGUGUCAUUCUCAAAUUCCCUUCAGAAAUCCAACCUGGCCCUUGCCUUCUCACUGUCGAUUUCACUGGCACCAUCAAUAACCAUAUGGCCGGCUUCUACCGGUCCAAGUACAAGCCUAUCGGGACUCCCAAUUCCGGCACCCCCAAGGAUGCAGACCACCACUACAUGUUGAGCACCCAAUUCGAAGCCUGCGAUGCGAGACAGGCUUUCCCUUGUUUUGACGAGCCAAAUUUGAAGGCUACCUUUGACUUUGAGAUCGAGACUCCCAAGGAUCUGGUCACCUUGAGCAAUAUGCCUGUGAAAUCAACCCGCGAUGGUUCCUCCCCGAACUUGCACUUCGUCAAGUUCGACCGCACCCCGAUUAUGAGCACCUAUCUGCUCGCAUGGGCUGUGGGUGACUUUGAAUACGUCGAGGCGAAGACGGAACGCAAAUACAACGGUGCCAGCAUCCCCGUUCGUGUAUAUACCACUAGAGGUCUGAAGGAGCAGGCUCGAUUUGCCGCUGACUACGCCCACCGCACCAUUGACUAUUUCUCCGAAAUCUUCGAUAUCGAUUAUCCACUGCCCAAGGCCGACUUACUUGCCGUCCAUGAGUUCGCCAUGGGAGCUAUGGAGAACUGGGGUCUUGUGACAUACAGAACUACCGCUGUGCUCUUCGAAGAGGGCAAAUCGGAUAAUAAAUAUAGGAACCGUGUCGCUUAUGUUAUUGCCCACGAACUCGCUCAUCAAUGGUUCGGAAACCUUGUCACCAUGGACUGGUGGAACGAGCUCUGGCUGAAUGAAGGCUUCGCUACAUGGGUUGGCUGGCUGGCUAUUGAUCACUUCCAUCCCGAACGGAAUAUUUGGUCCCAGUUUGUGGCUGAGGGACUCCAAUCAGCGUUCCAACUCGACUCGCUCCGGGCAUCGCAUCCAAUUGAAGUCCCCGUGAAGAACGCUCUUGAAGUCGACCAGAUAUUCGACCAUAUCAGUUACCUCAAGGGUAGCUCCGUCAUUCGAAUGUUGAGCAGUCACCUCGGGCAAGAGACUUUCUUGCGCGGAGUGUCUGACUAUUUGAAAGCUCAUGCAUAUGGAAACGCCACCACCAACGACCUUUGGUCAGCCCUAAGCAAGGCUUCUAACCAGGACGUGACCGCAUUUAUGGACCCAUGGAUUCGCAAGAUCGGCUUCCCCUUAGUCUCUAUUAAAGAAGAGACUAACCAGCUCAGUGUCUCUCAGAAACGUUUCCUUGCAUCUGGAGAUGUGAAACCCGAGGAAGAUGAGACCAUCUGGUGGAUUCCUCUGGGCAUCAAGUCUGGGGCGACUAUUCAAGAGCAUAAGGGUCUCACGACAAAGUCUGAUGUUAUUCAAGGCAUCGACAGCAGCUUCUACAAGAUCAACAAGGAUCAAUGCGGCUUCUACCGAACAAACUACCCUGCUGACAGACUUGCGAAGUUAGGUAAAUCGCAGUAUCGCUUGAGCACGGAAGAUAAAAUCGGUCUGAUUGGAGACGCUGCGGCAUUGGCCAUAUCUGGCGAGGGAAAUACCCCUGCCCUCCUGGCACUUAUUGAGGGUUUCCAGAAUGAGCCGAAUUACCUUGUCUGGUCUCAAAUCGCCUCGUCUCUAGGCAACCUGCGCUCAGUGUUCUCGACAAAUGAAGCUGCUGCUGCGGGCUUGAAGAACUACGUGAGGGAACUCGUUACACCUGCUGUGGAAAAGAUUGGAUGGGAAUUCAAACCCGAAGACGACUACCUCACCAUCCAGCUCCGGCAUUUGCUCAUUUCGAUGGCAGGUAAUUCCGGUCAUGAAGGGACCCUUGCCGAAGCCAGAAGACGCUUUGACCUGUGGGCAUCCGGAGAGGAUAAGGCAGCCAUCCACCCUUCGCUCCGGUCCGCCGUGUUCGGCAUGACCGUCGCGGAAGGCGGCCAAAAGGAGUACGACCAGGUGAUGGAGGAGUACCUCCGCACCGACUCCAUUGACGGCAAGGAAAUCUGCCUCCUUUCCCUCGGCCGCACGAGGAACCCAGAUCUGAUCAAGAGCUACGGCAACUUCAUCUUCUCGCCCAACGUGGCCAUCCAAGACCUGCACACGGGUGCCAGUGCCCUGGCAGCCAACUCCAAAGCGCGCCUUACCUUCUGGAACUUCGUCAAGGAGAACUGGACGAUGAUCGAGGGGCGGCUGACGAAUAACAAGGUCGUGUUUGAUCGGUUCUUGCGGAUGGGGCUGUCGAAGUUUGCGGAGCAUGCGGUGGAGAUGGAUAUUGCGAAGUUCUUUGCAGAUAAGGAUCAGAGCGGGAUUGACCGGGGCCUAGUUAUUAUUGCGGAUACGGUGAGGACGAAUGCGAAUUAUAAGGAGAGGGAGGAGGGGGUUGUUGUGGAGUGGUUGAAGGCGAAUGGGUAUGCGUAG